CUAGAAUUCAUCGCAAAGACUUAGAAUCGAGACAUCUGCCCUCUACUGAAAGAUCCAUCCAAUCGCAAAAUGCACCUCCCAAUCCCAUCCAUCCUCUUAUUUUUCUCUGCCGUCCUGGCCGAGGAAUGCUACACCCGGAGCUACGGCAGCAACUGCGCGACCAAAGACGAAGUGCAAACUGUCAAAGAUCUUUACUGCCAGUACCACUACAGUCAUCCCACCUUGGACUUUCUCGAGUUUCACGUCGGCGACCAGGGGAAGCAGAAUGUCUAUGUUGGUCAGAUUGGAGAGUUUGAAUCUAAGGAGGGUUGUGACGGGGCUUUUGAGAAUAUCAUUAGAUGCCAUGGGCAGAGGAAUGGAGGAAGUUGGACUUAUCAGGGGGUCAGUUUGAAUGUGAAUUAUUGUGAUUGGUAAUUUAUCACUAUAUGUAUGUACUAGGUGGUGUCUGGAUAUAGCUGUUGUGAGGAAGUGGCCGACAUCUGAUUCUGCCUAAUAAAGU